AUGUUGAUACAAAUUAUUAAUCAUUUAUUGAUUUUCUCUUUAUCAUUAUUAUUAUUAUUAUCAUAUUCAACAUGUAUUUCGGCUGAAGCAUUAUCAUCAUCCCCAUCAGCAACAACAACAACCUUAGUAACUACAAUUACUCCUGUAAAAUUAAUUCAUUCUAAAAUAUUUUAUCCAAUUGAUUUUAAUCCAAUAGGAAUAUGUCAACCACCAUGUUUAAAUCAUGGAAUAUGUCGUCGUCUUCAUGGCAAUAAGAAUGAUAGUUUCAAUGAAAAUGAUUCCAAAUGUAUUUGUACACCAGAUUUUAAAGGAAUUGAUUGUAGUGAAGAGGCAGAAACAGAUUUAACAAAUUGUCAAGAAUCAACAUGUAAAUAUGGGGGAACAUGUGUUGGUACAUCGAAAUCACCAAAAUGUUUGUGUAAAGAUCAUACACGUGGAAAACGAUGUGAAAGACAUGAUCUUAUAUUUGUCGUAGAACUGAAAUUAUAUGAUAAUGGAAAAGAAGCUAUUUGGCAAAAAGAUUAUGAAGAUAAGUCAAGUUAUUUAUCAACUACAAAAGCAUUAGAUGUUUGUAAACUACUUAAAUUAAGUAUAACAUAUGGAUCAAAUUUACAAUUAUCAAAUUCAUUAAUUGAUUGUUAUUUAAUUAAUUAUAAUAAUAAUAAUAAUUCAGUAAUAAUUCAAUUAAAAUCAAUAUUCGAUAUCGAUUUAUCAUUAAUUUCAUUAAUCUCUCCAAUAUUGAUUAAAAAUCAAUUAAUGACUGGAUUCCAAUUAAUCAAUAAAACUGUAAAUGAAUUCAAUAUGAUAUCAUUCAAUGAUAUUAUGAUGGAGAAUUCAUCCAAUUUUAAAGUUUAUGUUCAUGAUCCUUGUAAAAAUGGAAAUCAUGAUUGUUCAAUAAAUGCUAAAUGUAUUGUUCAAUCACAAGGUACUUAUAUAUGUGAAUGUAAUGCUUUUACAAUUGAUGCAUCAUUUGACGCUAAUUAUCCUGGACGACGUUGUAUGUAUGAUGGUCUAAUUAUAUUAGCAUUUGCUAUUAUUGGUGGCCUUAUUUGUACUCUUACUGUACUUCUUUGUGGAUGUCGUCGAACAAUAUGGAGAAGAUAUCGUCGUGGACCAGAAUCUAUUGAUUUAAUUAAUAUGCCAAGAAAUUAUGAUAUUUGA